GGUGUGCUUUCACUCUGGGCUCUCAUCACACACGUGAUGUAUGUGCAGGAUUAUUGGAGGACCUGGCUGAAGGGCUUGAAGUUCUUUCUCGUUGUUGGCAUUUUCUUCUGCAUCCUCGCUGUGAUUGGGUUCUGCACAUUCCUGACGCUGGCCAUUACACAGCAUCAAUCCUUGACGGAUCCAAAGAGUUACUACCUGUCUUGCAUCUGGAGCCUCCUCUCCUUCAAGUGGGCCUUUCUCCUCUCCUUAUAUUCUUUCCGGUACAGAAACGAGUUUGCGGACAUCAGCAUUCUUAGUGACUUCUAACACCUGGACUUCGAUCCCGCUGAGGGGACGUGUGUGUGAGAGAACUAUUGGACAAUUUGAGUGAGCACUCGAAUCCUCCAUGCUGGCUAGAAGGAAACCCACAAGAAGUGGAAAGCACGAACCUGUCCCAGCUCUGCUUACCUGUUUGCCAGUUGCACUUGUGGGGGCUUUCUCCUCAACUGCUUUCAUCCAGCUGCUUGCUGCUCGGCCACUUCCACCUAUCUUGUCUACAUUACCUUUUGCGAGAGUCACGUCCUUGUUCAAGAGUUCUGUCUUCUCAUGCUGAGUGAAAACUUGGAUUCCAAGUCAAGACCUCUUAGGCCUAGUCUGCAUAUCUGCGUGUGUAUUUCUGUCCCCAUUUUUUUUGUGUGAAGCUGUGGUUUAAUUUGGGAAGGUUGACGCAAUCAGUAUGCACUCCGUGGGCCCUCCUUUGUAUCUCUUGAGCUACCGCCGCCAUUUUGUGUUGGUCGUGAGGUACUCCAUAAAAGCCCCCCGAAAGCUGGUUUAUACUACUUUCAUACAGAGGUAUUUUCAUAGAGCAAGGCAUAAUAUGAUUCCGAAAGAAGACUAUUUUGAACAACACUUCCCCCCACAUAUGCAUAUCUUAUUUUUUUUCCUUUCUUUGUUGCUGUUCACAGCUUUAAGGAGAAGGAAACCUGUGAAUAUUUAUGCACAAAAUGCUUCCGACCCUUUUUCUUCUCCAGGCACUUUUAAAGGGGUUGGCUGUUGAUGUUUUUAAAUUGAGAUUUUAAAUUAUGUUGACUCUACUUUUUUGAAGAUGAGCACUGCAGAACCUGAAAACUGGGAGUGGUAGGAAGGGACUCCUUCCCAAACUGCUUAUUAUUUAGGACAAAUUAACAUUCCACCUUAUCCAAAGACUUGGAUUAAGGUCUAAAAUGGCCUUAUGCUGUCAGAAUAGCCCAAUGAGCUUGUGAUUUUAUUCUGAAUGCUCAAAUUGGGGAGAGGGGGCUGAUAUCUACCCUGGGAGCUGUUUGUGUCAUCUGCAUUUUGCUGUGUAUGUUUGGACCAAAAUGUGUGAACCGCCCCACAGUUCUUACCUGACUUUUUUUUUCAAGUUCAGUGCACUACACAAGAAAAAGUAGCGAAACCCCUGGUUCUCAGAUGGCCUCAUCCAGCCAGCCAUGGCUUAAAAAACAACCACGCGCUUCAUUCAGGUGUGUUCUGAAAAGCACUGCUUGUAAUCUCUUUUUAAAAAUGUGUGUGUGUGGGGGGUUCAUUUUAAUGAGUCAAGAUCAAGAAACAAGAUGAAUAUUAUGGAAUAAAAAUGAGAUGAGCGUUAUAGUCUGAAGAAGGAACAGAUCCUUGGAACUUCUUGGUGUCGCUGUGAGCCAGAUCUUUGUUUGUUGAUUCCUGUCAGACAGUUUGCUGCCUCGGAGGUUAUCCACUGAUGGUACCCCUGAGUAUCUCACUCGGGCUGUGAUGCUGCUUCCUCCCCCAGCUUCGGAAUGCGGAUCUGUCACUUAGGCCCACGAUUCCCUCCCUGCCUGUACCUUUCUAUCAUCGAGAGCCUUUCUGUGGAUCCUGAAAUCACAGAUUUGUGAGCUUCAUUCCAAGAAAAAACCUGUGGGGGAUUGGGCCUAAAAACAGACACACUGCCAGGAAUCUGACACAGCUUUUAAGUCUACAGAGAAGGUUUCUUAAGCCCCUUUGUGGCCUUAUUGGACCAAUAUCCAUGAUGCUCCCAGAAUAGAAAGCAACAGGCCGAAUCAUCAGUCAAAGCUGACACUGGUAGUUUCUUAGCCUGCUGGAGGAGAUGGGAUAGGAAUUGUAUGUGGGAAAAGGAAUCCUCUUGCGAAUUAGAAAGCCAAGGAGCUUCUGUCUGUGGGCAUGUUGCGGCUGUUCAGUAGUGUCUAGGGCACCCUGCCAAGUCAACGCCCACAGGCAGCCAAAGGAAGGGUUUGCAGUGGAAAGAACUACCUGUUGUUGACUUCUCAAAAGCCACUUGUGCCUUUUUAAAAAACUAUGUGAACCUCCCCUUGGGUGGGGGGAUUUCUCAUCUGGUUGCAAUUUUGCAGUGGCUAGAAGAACAAGGGAGUUGGUUUAAGGCCCCAAAACGUUGCAAAGGUUUUGGGUUGGCAACUCUAGGGCGGGAGGUCAGCAAGCACAGAAGAGGGUCUUGGGUAAGUCCAGUUGGCUAACAGUCUCUUUGUUACAGGAAGGGUAGGAGGACAUGAAACAUGUGGCAGGCUGAUUGGUUAAGGUGGCCUGGGAAUAACGGGGAAUCUUGCUUUCCAUCCUACAUUUUCCACAGUGUCCCAUGAAGUUACAUGAUGGCCUUUUGUCUUGUUGAUAUGUUGGUUUUAACUUCCUGUUACAUCCUGUUUAAUUCCACCAUUGGGAACUCUACUCCAUUUGUGUUUCUCUUUCCUGUACAAUAUUUGUAGCAAAUGCACAACCAGCUCACCAGGAGAAGACUGCUCACAGGUUGCUUUUUCUUACAAAUAAAGGGAAAAAAGAAGAA